AAACCAUAUUUGAUUUCGCUUAUAGGAGUGGCUAAUACAGAAAGUGAAAGUAGCAGCUUACACAAAGCCUGUCCUUCAUGGUUCGCUCGGUUGUAUUCCUCUCUCCUUGUUCAUUUGAAGAGCAUUUAGACAAGUAAUCAUGUCUUCAAUGAAGGUUGUGCUUGUAGUAUCUCUCUUCCUCCCUGCCGUGAACCCCAUGUCAGAUUUGUGGAAUUUGGAAUGCCACCCUAAGCCUGGAAUAUUUGGUCAGACCACAUCUAUAAAAUGCGUUUUCAAAGACAUCGAACAUAUUCAAAUAAUUGGAGUUUAUUUAAGAAAAACUGAUCAGAUUAAGCGGGUUUUUACUCAAACAAAGUCAGAUUUCUCAGGAGAUCAACGCUUUAGCCUUGAAAACAUGGCAAUGGGUCCAUCUCUGCAAAUAUCUAACACACAGUUUUCAGAUGAGGGCAAAUAUAUGUACUGUGUUGAAACGGACUCUGGUCGUAAAGAAAUUGAAUUUAGCAUCAGUGUCACAGCAAAGUACAAGGAUCCCGUCACAAGCACAUGGCCUGAGCAUAUAACAAAUGGAGAAGCGGCCAGCCUUUACUGCAAUGCUACUGACGGAUACCCCGGAGGUUUUAUCCAAUGGUUUGACCAUUCUGGAUCCAACUGGACCAUGAAUUCGCAUCUGACAAAGACCCCCACAGACAUCAACGGUGUAAAAUCUGUGGCUUUGUCUAGCAAACUGACUUUCAAGUCUAUCAAUUUGGACCUAGCACCAUAUAGAUGCAUCGUCUUUAACGGCAAAUUUGAACAAGAUGCAGAAAACACACUGGACUUCUCAGCUGCUAUAAGUAAUACUAAUGAAGAAUCUUCCAGAUCUAACACAACAAAAAUUGUUGCCGGCGUGAUGGUCAUUGGAUCGCUUAUCGCUGGCCUGCUGUGUGCUCUGUUGUGUUUCAGAAACAAAAAAUAUCGUUAUAACGCAACUUAUGCAGACGAUCCAGAGAACGUGACAGCAGAAGUUCACACUGAGGACAAACAGCAGCCGUUUGACUGAAAUGAAAGUGAAGUCAUAAUGAAAAUGGCAGCUGUUUCAGUAAUGACAGACUUAUUCAGUCGGCUUCUCUGUACAUUUACAAUCAAAUGUAGGUUUAGACAUCGUGCACACUAAUAACUGUCAAAUUUAUUACUAUAUCAAUGUGUAAACAAGGUUCUUGGAGAUUUGAUGAAAGUUAUAGGAAUGUUGGUAAAGUGUUUUUUUGGUUUGUUUUCAUCAAGUUCGGGGGUUAAUGUAAAAUUGGUUAAAUAUGUCAGUGACUUUAUAACUGUACCAGCUUAUACUAACAAUAACAAGCAAUAUUAUUACUGUUUGCUUUUUGUUCUGCUUUCUUGAACAUUAUUUAUGAUUUAACAAAUGUAGCAAAUAUAAUAUACGAACCAAAAUCCGAAACAGUUUUGUAUCCGUCUAGAAAAUCUUUCAUCACUAAUCAUUUUGUCUUUACUCACUGAGAGGUUUUUGAUAAUAUUUUGCAAAUCAUCUUAUUAAGUAAAUAUUAUACAAAUAUAUCUUAAUUAAAUAUAGAUUCUGAACUAUAAAUAAAUAAAUAGCAAAUAAUUGAAUAAAUAUUUUGCAUGAAAUUGUAUGUAAAUGUGUCGUACUACUGUCAUUGUAUCACUUGUCAAAUAUUUUUAAGGAUGUGUGUGUUUGUUCUUUCUUUGAAAUGAAAGACUGCAUUUUUAUCAUUUGUUUUACUGUAAUAAAAACAUGAUGCAAUGUUGUAUCUUCCACUGGAAAA